UCCAUGACAUGAGUAUUACGAUUUUUAGAUGAUAAUUUUAUUCGUCGGGAACACUUGCUUGCAGCUGGCCACAUUCUCGCUGUCUCAGCUUCAGCAUGUGGAUCCCCAACUUGCCUAUCACGGUGAUCACAGGAGUGGCUGCCACGGCCGGUGCGCUAUGCUUGUUUAAGGACAUGCACGGCGGGUCGCCGUUUGACCGCAACGUGAAGGCGGAGGGUAAGACUGUCGUCAUCACCGGCGCUAACACAGGCAUCGGCAAGGAGGCCGUCUGGGAGUUCGCCAAGAGGGGAGCUAAGGUGUUCAUGGCGUGCCGCGACAUGACGAACUGCGAGGAGACGCGGCGCGAGAUCGUGCUGGAGACAGGCAACAAAUACAUCUACUGCCGGCCCUGCAACCUCGCCUCCCUCGCCUCCGUCAGGGAGUUCGUUAAUAGGUUCAAAUCUGAGGAGCCUAAGCUGGACAUCUUGGUCAACAACGCCGCUGUCAUGGAAACGCCAAAGGGAGUGACAAAGGAUGGCUUUGAGACACAACUAGGCGUCAAUCACAUGGGACAUUUCCUGCUUACCAAUUUACUACUGGAUACCUUGAAGGCGUCAGCACCGAGCCGCGUGGUGGUGGUGACUUGCGACGCACACCGGCGCGGCGACAUUCACAAGGAGGACCUCAACAUGAGCCAGCAGUAUGAACCCAACGCCGCAUACUGUCAGACCAAGCUCGCCAACUUGCUCUUCGCACGAGAACUCGGGAGAAGACUACUCGAGAGCGGUGUGUCAGUUUCGGCGGUGGACCCUGGCUUCUCUGACACAAAUCUGACGCGUCACAUGCCGAUGUCAAAGAGCAUGACGCGGUUCAUCAUCUACCCGGUGUUCUGGCCGGUGAUGAAAAUGCCGCGCGCCGCCGCACAGGUCAUACUGCACGCCGCGCUUGAUGAUCAACUCGCCAACAGCGCUGGUGAUUACUAUGUCGACAUGAAGUUAGCAACACCGUCAGAGAAGGCGCAGGACUACGAGCUGGCAAUGUGGCUGUGGAAAGUUAGCGAGAAAUGGACGCGGCUGUACGAUGCGCCUGCGCAGACCAAUGCACCACAAUAACCAUGAAAUUACACUGCUCUAAAACAUUGGAAUGGGACAAAGUUUUAUUUGUCUCGGCAAUGAAAAAAAAAAUAGUAAUAGACUGUGAGAUAUGACGUCAUUAGUGAUUAGUGUUUGUUCCAGUGUUACGUUGCAUUUUAUUUGGUUAUUACGAAGUUUCCCAUCGCUUUGUAUCGUUACAUUACCUAAAUGCU